UGCAAAACGAUCUGCCGUUUUCAUCAGUAUUAACCGGCGGCGGCGGCGCAGUCGAGUGUUCUAAAAGCCGACGGGCGAAACGAAACCCCCGCCUCGGUCUUCAUCCUCAGAGGCAAAUCAGCGAAUCAUUCACCUUGUAAAUGCGAAAACUCCGGCGCCGGUAAGUCCCGCGAUCGUAAACUUCUCUCCGUCUGGACUUGAGCUUUUCUGUUAUAGGUCACAGACAUCAGUUGCGUUCAAUUGGCGAGCAAGAAUGGGAAGAGGGUUGAAGGGACUGGUGAAGAAGGGAUUGGGGGAGAUGGGUUUCACCGCCGGCGGCGGGGUGAUCAAUUGGUUCCCGGGACACAUGGCGGCGGCCACUCACGCCAUACGCCAGCGCCUCAAGGUUUCCGACCUCGUGAUUGAAGUCCGCGACUCUCGUAUACCGUUGUCGUCUGCAAAUGCUGAUUUGCAGCCUCAGCUGCUGUCCAAACGUCGCGUGAUUGCUCUCAACAAGAAGGACUUGGCGAAUCCUAAUAUAAUGCAUAAAUGGGCAAGUUAUUUCGACUCCUGCAAGCAGGACUGCAUACUUGUCAAUUCGCAUAGCAAGAGCUCUGUCCAGAAGCUUCUUGAACUAGUGGAGUUGAAGCUGAAGGAGGUGAUGUCAAGGGAGCCUACUCUCCUUGUUAUGGUAGUUGGUGUCCCUAAUGUCGGGAAAUCUGCUCUCAUCAAUUCUAUUCACCAAAUCGCGUUGUCUCGCUAUCCUGCACCCGACAAGCUAAAGCGAGCUACAGUUGGUCCUCUGCCUGGAGUCACACAAGAUAUUGCCGGUUACAAGAUUGCUCAUCAGCCUAGCAUAUAUGUUCUAGACACACCAGGCGUGUUGGUCCCUAGCAUUCCCGAUAUAGAAACAGGGCUAAAGCUAGCCCUUGCAGGAUCAGUAAAAGAUUCCGUCGUUGGUGAGGAGCGAAUUGCUCAAUACUUGUUAGCAGUUCUAAACCUUCGCGGCACUCCCCUCUCCUGGAAGCACUGGAACAACAGGAAAAUGGACGGGAUCCGAUACAAGCCCGAGGACAAACAAAGCUACAACCUUAAAGAGCUUCGACAAAAGAGAAGGAAGCAGCCCGACUUCUCCGAUCUCAUCUAUGUCGAGGAUAUGGUGACGGAAGUCCAAUGUGCCCUUUAUCGAACUCUGACCGAAUUCGAUGGCAACGUGGAGGAAGAAAGCGACCUAGAGCAUCUCAUAGAAGAUCAGUUUGGCGCGCUGCAGAAGGCCAUGAAGAUCCCUCACAAAGCAGGAGAAGCUCGGCUGAUGGUGUCGAAGAAGCUCCUAACUCUGUUCAGAACGGGUAAAUUAGGGCCUUUCAUCCUAGAUGAUGUCCCUCAAUAACUUAUAGCAUGUGUUUGGAAUCUAAAUUGUGACUUAAUGCUAUAAGAAUGUGUUUCGUGUGUCCCUUUUGAUUGCCUCUUGUUUCCCUAAUCUUUUAUUAGCCUAUAUGCUGUCUAUUUUUAACCUUCCCCUCAAUCUCCAUUAACGGAUAACUAUUUUUAGGCACAUGAUUCCCUGAUUAGACCUAUAAAAUCCAAACCAUCUUCAUCCUAAUGAGCAAUUCGAUUCAACUCAGAUCAAAGCGAUUCAAGAUAUUAACAUUUCCCCCCACUGCCUUCUUCAUCAACAUCAUCAUUUAACCAUGUCAGGGUACAAUAAGAAGGCCGUGGCUGUCCUCUUCUGCAUGGCAUUGAUACUCAUGCAGACCAGCUUCGCCGUGGCCGACGACUCCGCUGCUCCGUCGCCCGACGAGGCGUCGGCGAAGAAAGCAGCCGAUUGGGAUAAAUUCUCUUUCGAUCGCACGUCCAUGUGCUGCAACAAACUGAUCACGCUCUGCUGCGACAAGACUGCCAACCAGAUGACUGAUAGCUCUGCUCCAGCUCCCUCCAUUGUCUAGCGAUCAUCGUCGUUGUCGUCGUCAUCUGCAUCGAUGCAUCGCCUAAGCGCAUUCAUAUGCAUUCGAUCAUAUACAUAAAUUUUAUGGAUAUGAAUCCAAAGACUGUUGUGAUUCCUUAACUUUGUAGUGUGUACUGUGUAGGCAUACAAAUUUAUAUAUUUGUAUAGAGAGACAGAGAGAUGAAAUCCCUGUAGUUAAGUUCUGUUUGUUCAACUUCUCAAUAUGAUAACCUAAUAAAUAAAAUUGAAAACUUUCUAAAAUCUGACGUUUGUGAAUUGAAAU